UGUGCAAGUCGCAUGUUUAAGCUCAUAUGGAAAACACUAAGAUCCAAUUAGCCAUUCUUAUAAACAUUCUUAAUAAGAAGUAACUUUCUGAAAUAUUUUUAUACUUUACUACGUUGUUAUGUGCGGGGAGAAAUCAACCAUGCUACAAUCAAGAUGAUGCUCCUAUCACGUACUCCGAGGAGAAAAUAUGCAUUUGCACUCCAACGCUUGAGAGUUUAUGCUAUACGACCUUCAAGUACUUCGGCGUCGCCAAAUGACCACCUGUCUGAACCCAUUGUACAAGACAGUUUCACUCGCCUGUCCAAGUUCUGGAUACCUACGGGAGGAAUAACUGCUACCGAGAAUGAAGAUGCUCAUAGCAAGUUAAUCCGAGCUGGAUACCUCCGUCAAUCUCAUGCUGGGAUCUUCCAUAUGCUCCCGCUAGGCCAAAAGGUCCAGGAGAAACUAGAAAGAUUAAUAGAUAAAUAUAUGUCACAAGUUGGCGCAUCUAAGGUGGCCUUAUCAUCUAUCUCAUCCCAAUCUCUGUGGCAGCAAACAAACCGACUAGAAGGUUAUGGUCCAGAGUUAUUCCGGUUAACCGAUAGGAAAGAUGUUCCCUAUUUACUGGCACCAACUCACGAGGAAGAGAUAACAACACUCGUCGCAAAGACAAUCAAGUCAUACAAGAAUCUACCUUUAAGACUUUAUCAAAUUGGCCGCAAGUAUCGCGACGAAAUCCGACCCCGACACGGAUUAUUACGGUCAAGAGAGUUUCUCAUGAAGGACCUCUACACUUUCGACUACUCUGUCGAAUCCGCACUCUCAACUUAUGAACAAGUAUGUGCUGCCUAUUCUCGCCUCUUUGACGAACUGAAGCUCCCAUACCUAGUUGCGGAAGCCAGCUCCGGUGAUAUUGGAGGCGAUCUCAGCCACGAAUACCAUCUUCCCACUUCGAUUGGAGAGGACAACGUGAUUAAUUGCGACAGCUGCAACUACGUCGCUAAUGAGGAGCUUGCUGCCACACGGCUUAGUCCGUCAGACACUCCUCCGGCUGAAUCCGGAGAUGUGCUAACUGCUGGAGUUUGGCGCGGCGUCUCCAAAGAUAGGUCAACUCUUAUCAAUGUUUGGUAUCCUGCUUCCUACUCGGACGACGACAUUAACACAUAUGCAAUCAAAUCCAUUCUUCCAGAAUUAGAUUCGAGUCUCAUCGACUCAACGCCGUUUUGGUCUUCUGCACCUUCUGAAACUAGAAAGGGGCUACGAUUAGUGAACAUUGUCGAUUGCCGGCUUGGUUCUCCUUUUACUGUCGCGCUUGAAACAAAUCCAAACCCCAAGUUUCUACUACCCGAAGGAGCCGACCUCGACCUUUCUAUCAUCACGAGCGACUACAUAACCACGUCGACAAACGGAGAGCCUCUUAACGUUCUUCGCAUUCGUGAUGGCGAUAGCUGUCCUCGAUGUGAGUCGGGGAAGCUCAAGGUCCAGAAAGCAAUCGAGCUCGGACAUACAUUCCAUCUUGGGACACGAUACUCGGAACCUCUUGAAGCUCAUGUCCAGGUUCCUAAACACUUGAUAGAAGGUGGUUCCUCCACCGCUAAACCUGGAAGCAUGGUGACCGUGCCCAUGCAAAUGGGGUGUCAUGGCAUAGGAGUGUCCCGCAUCAUCGGCGCUGUCGCGGACCACCUAGCCGAUAGUAAAGGUCUGAACUGGCCCCGCGCCAUCGCACCCUUCGAGGUAGUUGUCAUUCCGGGUCGGGGCUUAGACCAAGACAGCGUAAUCGUCUCGGAGUAUCUAGCAAAUUCCCAAGCCUCUCGGACCUUGGACUUGUUGCUGGACGACCGUCCGGAGUCUUUACCGUGGAAGAUGAGAGACGCUGACCUGAUCGGAUACCCGGUUGUAGUGAUCCUCGGGAAGGGAUGGAGUACGGACAGGCUCUGCGAAGUCCAAUGCAGGAGACUUUCUAGCGUAUCGCACGUCGUCCUCGAGGAACUCCCUAUGUAUAUUAACCAACUCCUCACUCAGCUCUAGAUUCUAGAGGAAAAUUGAAAAAAGAGUGUAAAUAUCCACACCUUCGGUCAUUUACAAACCUGCCAAGAUAGGUACCUAACCGUAAGCCCGCGUGCUGCAGGAUUAUCGGGAAGACUUAUAAUGCGGUCGCUUAGAACUCACAGGGGGAUUUGUUAGUGGAUAAAAAAGCAAUUCGGGACCGAGAUAAUGCCAUGUCUUACAUUGAAUCCAUCAAACGACACAGGUAAUGAUCAUUAACUGCUUACGAAAAUUCGGAAGCGCGAAGACGCGGGGAUCCCCACACCCGGCCGUCCGGCUCGUCACUCCUCCCGUAUAUAAGGAGUAGCCAGUUCUUAGGUUUUUAGCGCU